UGUCCACCGUGUCACACGGCCAGCUUGCCAGAGCGCAAGUUGCCAUGCGCUGCGUCCCCGUCCUCGCCCUCGCCUUCGCUGGCGCCGCCGCCGCGCCAUGGCGCUUCACCUCGACCGAGGCCUACUGCAGCUACCACUGCAGCCCGUAUACGCUGUCGCCGGCCACCGACUGCGCGUCCCGCUGCAGCACGACGAGUCGGCUGCUCAAAGAAGGCAGCGGGCCUGUCGCGCCCAUCGACUUUAUCACGUGCCAGCGCGCCAACCUCAGCGUCGCGCUCACGCUGGGCGACGAUGGCCUCUCGUUCGCCUCGUUCCUCGACGACUUUCAGACCGCCGUCGACGCCAUGGUCAGCGGCGAAAACCCGGUGCUUGGCGCGUGCCACCUGGCGUCGCUCGCGCCGACCAAUGCCAGCACCGACCCCACGAGUCUCGUCCCGACGCUUGUUCAGAUCGAGCGCUGUGCGACCGAGGUCGCGUGCAUGCCUCAGAUCAAAGCGGUGCUCGACGGCGCGGACCCGUUCCUUCGCCUCCUCAGCCGCAGCAACGGCAACGACUCGGGCAGCACGUUGGUGCUGGUGCAUGCCAAUGCGUCGACCGCCGACGCGCUCAACCGGCUCAACUGCACCCACCGCAUCCUGCCGCUGCCGCCGCUCAUGAAGCUGACGCCGUUUGCGCGCAGCGUCAGCAGCGUCCUCUCGGAAGCGCCAGCGAUGGAGAUUGGAUUCAUCGGUCCCGUGAGCAACGAGACAAUCACAGAACUCAACGCGGGACUGCGACAGCUCACGGGCAUCUCGGACGACCUGCUCACAAAACACUCGCCCAAGAGUCUCUACGUGCCGUCGCUGAGCAACUUCAAGGUCUGGUCGACCGUGGUGACGUACCUCAGUCGCCAAGACGCAGUCGUCUUUGUCACUGCGUUUGCAUCGACGCGCCAUUUCUCCGAGCCAAUGCCGCCCCUCUUGCGACGUCUCGACUCCCAAGCCGACAUUGUCGUUGGCGUCACCGAGGCCCAGAACUACGGCAUUUCGGGCAACGAUAUCACCGUCGGCAUCACCGAUACGGGACUCUACAUGGACCACGACCAGUUUGACCAACCUGGCGCAAGGCCGUUUGGUCGCAUCGUGUCGACCAACCGCAAGGUCGUGUCCUACGAAGCGUUUGGCGACCAGUUUGACCAAUCGGAGAACAUCACGUGUGGCCACGGCACCCAUGUCUCCGGUAUCCUUCUCGGGAGCUCGUUGAGCAAAGCACAGCCCAACCUCGGCGUGGCCUUCAACGCCAAAGUGGCCUUUAUGGACAUUGGGACACAGAGCUCGAGAUGCGCCAACCUCCCGAAUGUCAACUGCCCCGUAAGCCUCCAAACGCCGUCGGAUGUCUCCGAUUUGCUCCGCAACCAAGUGCGUGCGGGCGCCAAGAUCUUCUCCUUUUCGUGGGGCACCGACGGCGACGACUACAGCCAACAAGCGCGGGACCUCGACGACUACAUCUUCUCGAACCCCGAGACGCUGAUUGUGAUUGCGGCCGGCAACUCGGGCGACGAAGGCCCGCGCUCAAUCAGCUCGCCCGCUGGCGCCAAGAACGUGCUCAGUGUCGGCGCGUCGAUGAACACGGUCGCCAGCCUCGCCUCGACGCUCAACUGCCCCAACAUCUUCAACCCCAACAGCGUCGCCUCUUUUUCGUCGAUCGGUCCCACGUCGGACGGCCGCAUGAAGCCGGACCUCGUGGCGCCAGGCCAAGUGAUCACGUCGUCCCAGAGCCUCGCCGCCGGCUUGACGACCAAGACAACGCAGGUUUGCCCUCUCCAAGGCACGUCCCAGGCAACGCCCGUCGCUGCCGGUGUCGCUGUUCUUAUCUACGAGUGGCUCCGCGACGGCUGGUGGAAAGCGGGGACCCGCGACGUCUCGAACGGCCUCAAGACGAUUCCCGCUUCGCUCAUCAAGGCGCUCAUGAUCCAUAGCGCAACGGGCUUGAAGAAUCGCAUCGGUCCGCUCCGGGGCCUCGUGACGUGCUCGUUUGUGCAGCAGACGGCGACGUCGCUGUCGUACCCCGACUUUAACCAAGGCUACGGGCUGCCGCAGCUCUCCAACAUUGCGUCCUUUGGUCCAUCGGCGGUCCCCAAGGUGUUUUUCCUGCCAAAUUCAACCACGAGCGCGCCCACUCUGCGCCACGGCGGGCUGCACACGUACAGCUUUACCGUGCUGCCAGGGCAGUCGCUCCGUGUCACACUGGUGUGGACCGACCCGCCGGGCUCUAUGGCCGCCACGACGCAGCUCCAAAACAACCUCGACCUCUCGGUGGUCCUUGGCACCACCAUCUUUUACCCGAUUGCGUCGCCCAACGGUCCCGACACUGUCAACAACGUCGAAGUGGUGGAUGUGUCAUACGCGGCAUUGGCCAAAGUGGCAUCGUCGAGCACCUCGGGCGGCAUCGUUGUCGAGGCGCGCAUCGCUGGCACGUCGGUGCUCGUGACCAACACGCAGGCGUACUCGCUCGUCGCGUCAUCGUCGGCCGUUGCGUCCAGCACGCCCAGUGGCACGGCGCCCACGUCGGGCGCCACGUCACCCAACGGUGACAAUCAACCGUCAUCGUCGUCGUCGUCGUCGUCGGGCUUCGAGUGGAAGACGUGGAUGACGAUUGCGGUGGCAGUAGUGGGCGUCGUGAUUGUCGGUCUUCUCGGAGCUCUGUUGCGCCGCCGCAAGGCGCCGGCCUCGGGCUUUGUGCAGACAGUGACGCCCCGCCAAAUGGCGAGGUACCCGGCGGUGGUCGCGGCGCCUGUCCAUGUCCAACCGGAGCGGUGUCCGUUCUGUCCGUUCGUCACGCCCGACCCUGCGGUGCUCGUGAGCCACGUGCAGCACCUGCAUCCCGAAGUGUAACAAGGCGCUGAAUUUCUUUCGAAACCUCGUCUCACCAUAUAUAUGAACCCAAGCUUAAGCAAACCUAGUACAUUGACGCGCUGUAUCUUUGAUUGUGUA